AUGUCAGUAUAUGGGCUGAUUGCCUAUAAACAGGACAAAAGGCAUCUUCGAAAAUGUACUCUACUGUUGAUAUUUGGGGUGUCUGCCUCACUCGGCAUCUCCCCAAAGUUCCUCCCGUGUGAUGAUGAAAAAAAUGCCACAGUUGUGAUAUGUAGUAAACGUGAACUCAAGUAUGUCCCUCUGAUCACAUCAGACCAAGUCAUUGAAUACGACCUGUCCUUCAAUAACCUGAGACAUGUGACCAAAAGAACUUUUGCCGGUGUGCUAAAUCUGAAAAAACUAAAUACGAGUAACAACUGCCAGCCAACCAACCUGAGACCGGACAAAGGGAAGUGUUGGGUGAUCAUUGAUCCUGAUGCUUUGAUUGAUCUGAACCAACUAGAGGAUCUGGACCUGAGUGGGAACAGUCUGACCACAAUUCCUCCUUUACCAAAAAACAUUAAACACUUAAAUCUUAAUCUCAACAACAUUGACACACUGUCGGAGGGAGAUUUUGCCGGAUUAACCAAACUGACCUCGUUAGACGUAGGAUGGAACUGUUAUUACAGGAACACGUGUGCCAGAGAGUUUAGUAUCUCAGAAGGUGCUCUCAGAGAUGUCACCUCCCUGGAAAUAUUGGUGUUGUCCUUUAAUAACAUAAGUUCCUUCCCCAGGAACCUUCCUUCAUCUCUCACAGAAUUAUAUCUAGCAGAAAAUAAGAUCUGGAAGAUUGACAAAGAGGACCUGUGCCACCUCACCAAGCUCCAGAAACUGGAUGUCCAGUGGAAUUGCCAGAGGUGUGACCAUGCCGCCCAGCCUUGCUUUCCCUGCCAAAACGACAGCGCCUUGCAGCUUGGGCCUGGAGCUUUUGACUGCCUCAUCAACCUCUCCAACCUCAACCUCCGAGGGAACUCACUUCCCACCGUGAACAGUUCUCUGUUUGACAAGUUGAGCAGCUUGACUGAUUUAGAUCUCUCGGAUAACUUGCUACAUUUAGCAAAGGAGACAUUUUUCUCAAAGUUAACAAAGGUGCGAACCUUGAACUUAGAUUUUAACUUUCAAACGGAUCGAAUGUAUGAGAAAUUGGUUAUAAACCCCAGUGCCGCUUCCAUGAAGUCUCUCAGGAAGAUCUCCCUGGUUGGGUACUUCUUCAACAUUCUAGAUUCCAACAGCAUUCAAUCUCUGCUCACAUUGCCAAACCUGAAGGAAAUUUACCUUAGAACAAACUUUAUCCUACAGACCAACCUGAGCAUGCUUUUGUUAAACAAGAAUAUUCAAAGAGUUGAUUUAGCUGGAAAUCUGAUCUCUUUCCAACAAAGCAAUGUAACAAAAAUUGAAUUCUCAACUUCCUUUUCUAGUCGACGUGAGGAUUACUUUGAUGGUUGGGUAGACCUUCAACAUGACACAAACAUACAACAUGAGGAUCACUUUGAUGGUUGGGUGGACCUUCAACAUGAUACAAACAUACAAUAUGAGGAUACUACAAAAGAAAGUCCAAACUGCUGGCAUUAUAAUCGGUCAGUUGACUUAUCAUUUAAUAAUCUGAUGGCUCUUCACUCAGAUGACUUUGUGGGAAUGGAAGACAUCGAAUGCCUGGACAUUAGCUACAACUACAUCAACCAACGUCUAAAUGGUCAUCAGUUUGGGCAUUUAAAGUCGCUGCACCAUUUGGAUCUCUCGUACAACAGAUUUGACUUGUACUAUUACUUGGCUUUUAGUGAACUACCAAACCUCAGGAUAUUAAAUCUGGCCCAUAAUGAAUAUCAGUUCAUGCUAAAAGGUGUAAUCCACAAUCUCAGUUUCCUUCAAAAUCUCACCAAUCUGAUCGAACUGAACCUGAACGGCAAUAUGAUUGGCUUGCGUAUAACAAAAGAACUCAAGAACCCCUCACUGGAGAGACUUUUUUUCAGGAAUAACGAGUUGAUGAAUUUGUGGCAAUAUGGUAAACAGACAUACAUUACUCUGUUUACCAACUUCACCCGUCUGAAGUUACUGGACAUCAGCUACAAUUACCUAGCGGUCAUCCCAGUAAAAGUUUUGGAACAUUUUCCUUUGUCGCUUGAAACUCUCAUCAUCUCUCACAAUAAUUUGUAUUCCUUCCACUGGGAGAAGAUCACCUAUCUAGUCAAUCUUACCCACCUGGAUCUCAGUCAUAACUCCCUGGAAACUCUUUAUAGCAACAUGACCACCAUCAGAAGCAAGCUCACCUACUUAAAUCUGAAAUCUAACAAAAUUACAUUUGUAAACAAAGAAUUCUUUGAAUCGUUUCUGGAGCUCAAGUCCCUGUACCUAGGUGGAAACCAGAUUCAAACCAUAGACGUGAACAGUUUCCCAAAGAAGCUCCUCCAAACUUUACAAUACUUAGAUGUGCAGAAAAACCCGUUUGACUGUACUUGUCACACCAGUUGGUUCAUCCAUUUCCUGAUGGAGACAAAGAUCACAGUUCCCGGCCUUGCCACCAAAAUGAGAUGCGAUGCACCGGACAGCAUGAGAGGUAAGCUUCUACUCUUCAUGAACCCGCACUCGUGUCAAGACUUGUUUGGCCAAGCUUCAUUUUUGUGUUCAUCUCUUCUGGUGAUUUCCUGGUUGUUGGUUACCCUAACCUUAAAGCUUUUUUCAUGGGACUUGUGGUACCUGAGUCAGGUGCUUUUGGCAUCCAUCAGACGUUAUUCAAAGCUACCAGGACAGUCAACGGAGGAGUAUGAUGCCUUCGUAGUGUUUAAUACAAAGGAUGAGGCCAUAACUGACUGGGUCUACCAUGAGCUUUUGGUGCAGUUGGAGGGUCAUGAAAUGGGGAGGUUUAACUUAUGCCUGGAGGAAAGAGAUUGGCUAGCUGGAAAAUCGAGCAUUGAGAACCUUUAUGAUGCCAUAUAUAAAAGCAAGAGAACGAUCUUCAUUCUUGAUUGUGAAGGAUUUAGUACUGGUGUCCUCUGUCAUGCCUUCUUAAUGUCCCACCAAAGACUACUGGAUGAGAAGAAGGAUGUGGUGGUUCUGGUGAUUCUCGAUCACCGGAUGAAAAUGUCUCGUUAUUUACUGACCAGGAAAAGGAUUUGUCCAACAACAUUCUUGGUCUGGCCAAGGAACCCCAAAGCACACGGCUACUUCUGGCACCGCCUUCGGAUGCUCCUAAGACUAGACAGUCAGCAUUCCUAUGACCUCCGCCUUCAAAAACAGUUAGCCCAGUAGAGCUUAUUUUCAGCUUUGUAUAAGAAACUCCAAGAAAAAGAUGUGUUAUGUGAACUGUUGUGCGGUUAUUUUUGUUUCAAGGGACAUAUUUUCUCAGUUGCUCUGGACAACAUCUCCACUUUCAAGGAAGGUGAAACCAGGUGUAGGAGUAUCACUCCAAUUAACGAAAGUUGAGCGUUUCAGCAGCAUGGUGGUUUGGCAUUUUGCGCAGCACUGAAUUUCUGACUCUCAACCGAGAUGAAGUGUGCAAGGAUUCAACGAUUGAGCAGAAAGUGAGCAAAGCAUUAUAUAUAGAACGGCUCAGCAAUUCAACAAUACUUUUCAAAAGCAACUUUGGAAACUCUCUUCCCUGAUAAGAAGAGAUGUAUCGGCCGACCCGAUAUAUAAGACGAGGCACCCAACUUUUAGCACAAAAAAAACGUGGAAAACGUAUUGACUCGAGUAUAAGCCGAGGGUGGGAAAUGCAUCAGAGCCUUUGCAAACUUCUCCCACAAUCUCCCCAUCAGCAGUGUCCCCAUC